CGCAACCUCCGCCUCCUGGGUUCAGGCAAUUCUCCUGCCUCAGCUUCCUGAGUAGCUGGGAUUACAGGCAAGCGCCACCUUGCCCAGCUAAUUUUUGUAUUUUUAGUAGAGACGGGGUUUCACCAUGUUGACCAGGAUGGUCUCGAUCUCUUGACCUAGUGAUCCACCCGCCUCGGCCUCCCAAAGUGCUGGGAUUACAGGCGUAAUCACGAUCUUUUUAAAUGUAUUUAGCUCCGUCUUCCUCCACGAAAGCGGCAGCUUUGUUCCAACCGCCUAGCGCGGCGCACAGCAGGAGCCAGUAACUGUUGAAUGGCUCAGGGCUCCGAGCGCAGGGCCACCCUGGGACGAGGCGGAUGAUGUGCUGCACCUCGGUUUGUUUCCGAGAUGGACCCUCAGAAACCGCCCCUUGGGGCUCCAAAGGGGCAGAUGCCCCAGCCACCGGGGCAGAGCGGGCACGAGCGUAAGGCUGGAGCCACCGCGCGCGGCGCAGCGAGGAACUUCCGCUGAGAGCGAGGGCGGAAAUGCCGCCCUUCCUGGGUCCCCCGCCCCCUGCCCCGCCCCUCCCAGGUCCCUCUCCGAGCCAACUCAAAAAACCAGUGCGCAUGCGCCUGGCCCUGACCUGGAAGCGGCUGGAUCCCGGGCACACGUGUUUGGAUGAGUGUCGCGGAGAUGGGGAGCCGGGAACCCGCCGAGCCCCUGUCGUCCGGAGACGCGACACAGAACAGCGCCCGGCCUGCGGACCGCCACGGCCUGUUGAAACACAGCCGCGAGUUCUUGGACUUCUUCUGGGACAUUGUGAAGCCUGAGCAGGAGACGCGACUUGCGGCCACGGAGAAGCUGCUGGAGUAUCUGCGCGCUAGGCCGAAGGGGUCCGAGAUGAAAUACGCCCUGAAGCGGCUCAUCACGGGACUCGGGGUCGGGCGAGAAACAGCCCGGCCCUGCUACAGUUUGGCCCUGGCCCAGCUGUUACAGUCUUUUGAAGACCUCCCUUUGUGCAGCAUCCUGCAGCAGAUGCAAGAAAAAUAUGACCUGCAUCAGGUGAAGAAGUCAAUGGUGAGACCUGCUCUCUUUGCAAACCUGUUCGGAGUGCUCGCCCUCUUUCAGUCAGGCCGGCUGGUGAAGGACCAGGACCAGGAGGCACUGAGGAAGUCAGUGAAGCUGCUGCAGGCCCUGGCCCAGUACCAGAACCAUUUGCAGGAGCAGCCCUGGAAGGCCCUGGUGGACAUUCUCUCCGAGGUCUCGGAGGCCACAUUGGAGGAGAUGCUGCCAGAGGUCCUCAGCACUGACUUGGAUGCCAUGUUCAGCUGCCCUGAACAGCUGGGGCUCUUCCUCCUGGCCCAGCAGAAGGUGCCCUCUAGGCUCAAGAAGCUGGUGGGAUCCAUCAACCUAUUUUCGGAUGAGAAUGUUCCCAGGCUGGUGAACGUGCUAAAGAUGGCAGCGUCCUCCGUGAAGAAGGAACGCAAGCUGCCCACUGUCGCUCUGGAGCUGCUCCACCUGGCACUCAAGGAAAACGAGUUUCUGCGGUUCUGGAAGGGGGUGGUGGAACAGGGGCUGCUGAAGCUGCAGUUCUGGCCAGCCAGCUACCUGUGUUUCCGCCUGCUGGGCGCCGCCCUUCCCCUGCUGACCAAGGAACAGCUGCAGCUGGUGAUGCGGGGAGACGUGAUCCGCCAUUACGGGGAGCACACGUGCACAGCCAAGCUCCCAGACCAGUUCAAGUUCGCCACGGAGAUGGAGGAGUACGUGGGCACCUUCCUAGAGGGAUGCCGGGACGACCCUGAGCGGCAGCUGGCUGUGCUGGUGGCCUUCUCCUCCGCCACCAACCACGGCCUCCCAGUGGUGCCUACCUUCUGGCGGGUCGUGCGGUUCCUGAGCCCUCAGGCCUUGCAGGGCUAUGUGGCCUGGCUGCAGGGCAUGUUUCUCCAGCCGGACCUGGACUCCUUGAUUGACUUAAGCACCGACAACCCGAAGAAAGCUCAGGAUGCAUCACAGCACAUGCCUAAGCGAGCUGUGUUCCGGCUGCGGAAAUGGAUCAUCCUUCGACUGGUGAGCCUUGUGGACAACCUGUACCUGGAGAUGGAGGAGGCCUUGACGGAGGAGGUGGCCAGGUUUUGUUUGUUCCACUCGUUCUUCGUCACAAAGAAGCCCACAUCCCAGAUCCCGGAGACAAGGCAGCAGCUCUCCUUCCCUUUGGAAAGCCAGGCCCGAGAGGCCGUCAGCAGCGCCUUCUUCAGUCUGCUGCAGACCCUCAGCACGCAGUUUAAGCUGGCACCAGAGCAGACCCGGGGCGGGCAGCCCUGGACCUACCGCCUGGUACAGUUUGCAGACUUGCUGCUGAACCACAGCCACAGCGUGAGCCUUGUGACACCCCUCACUGCACAGCAGUGCCAGGCCUGGGACCGGAUGCUUCAGACUCUGAAGGAGCUGGAGGCCCCCUCCUCAGAGCCCAGGGCUGCUGCCUUCCAGCACCUUCUGCUGCUCGUGGGCAUCCACCUCUUCAAGUCCCCUACAGAGAGCUGUGACCUGCUGGGUGACAUCCAGACCUGCAUCAGAAAGAGCCUGGGAGAGAGGUGCCGCGGGAGCCGCACCAAGGUCAUCGAUCCCCAGGAGCUCCCAUGGGUAGAGGUGCUGGUGGAGAUCCUGCUGGCCCUGCUGGCCCAGCCCAGCCACCUCAUGCGUCAAGUGGCCCGGAGCGUGUUCGGCCACGUCUGCUCCCACCUGACCCCACGUGCCCUACAGCUGAUUCUAGAUGUACUGAGCCCGGAGACCAGUGAGGAUGUGGAUGACCAUGUGGUGGUGACGGACGAGUCUGACGAGCGGUGGCUGAAGGCUGCAGAGGUGCUGCCAGCGAGGGCCAGGCGGGGUGGCGGGAGUGGGAAGAUCGUAGAGGUGUGUGAUAAGCCUGCCCCCACCCCACAGGACAAGAGUGAAGACGGCGAGGAGAACAGAGGCUCAGAAAGCGAAGACCAGAGUGAUGGGGGGGAGAGCGAGGAGGAGGAGCGUGACAGGGACGUGGACCAGGGCUUCCGGGAGCAGCUGAUGAGUGUGCUACAGGCUGGGAAGGCGCUGAGUGGAGAGGAGAGCGAGGAUGAGGAGGAGCUGGGAGACGAGGCCAUGAUGGCCCUGGACCAGAGCCUUGCCAGCCUCUUUGCUGAGCAGAAGCUGCGGAUCCAGGCCCGGCGAGAUGAGAAGAGCAAGCUGCAGAAGGAGAAGGCGCUGCGGCGCGACUUUCAGAUUCGGGUGCUGGACCUGGUGGAGGUGCUGGUGACUAAGCAGCCUGAGAACGUCCUGGUCCUGGAGCUGUUGGAGCCACUGCUGGGCAUCAUCCGGCGCAGCCUGCGCAGCAGCAGCUCCAAGCAGGAGCAGGACCUGCUGCACAAGACGGCGCGCAUCUUCACGCACCACCUGUGCCGUGGCCGUCGCUACUGUCAUGACUUGGGUGACCGCGUCGAGGCCCUGCAUGGCCAGGUGGCACGGCUGGUGGAGCAGGCUGGCCGCCAGCCCGACUCCUCCACUGCCCUUUACCACUUCAACGCCUCCCUCUACCUGCUCCGAGUCUUGAAGGGUGGCACUGCAAAGGGUCACGUGCACGAGACACAGGAGGUGCUGGAGGCUGGCACCGACCCCAGCCCUUCAACCGAGGGCCUGCAGGCUGCCGGCUGUCUUGACUUGAACCUUACGAUACGCAUCUACUCGUCAGCACUGAGCUCCUUCCUGACCAAGCGCCACAGUCCCCUCACGGUCCCCAUGUUCCUCAGCCUCUUCUCCCGGCACCCGGUGCUCUGUAAGAGCCUGCUCCCCAUUCUGGUCCAGCGAGUCACAGGCCCAGGGCGGCCCCGCCAGCAGCAUCUCGUACCCAACGUGCUGAGGCUCCAGGCACCCACCUUCACCCAACCACAGGCACAAGCCUGCCUGCUGCUCCAGAAGACCCUGUCCAUGCGGGAGGUGAGGUUGUGCUUCCAGGACCCCGAGUGGAAGCAGCUGAUCGGCCAGGUCCUGACAAAGGUCACGGAGAACCUGCGCACACUGGGGGAGGUGCAGACCAAAGCAGAGCACCAGCAGGCUCUGUCCUCCCUGGAGCUGCUCAAUACUGUCUUCAGGACCUGCAAACAUGAGAAGCUGACCUUGGACCUGACAGUGCUCCUGGGCGUGCUGCAGGGGCAGCAGCAGGGCCUGCAGCAGGGGGUGCACUCCACCGGCUCCAGCCGCCUGCUCGACCUCUACUGGCAGGCCAUGAAAACCCUGGGAGUCCAGCGCCCCAAGUUGGAGAAGAAUCCCAAGGAGAUCCCCAGUGCCACCCAGGGCCCCAUCAGCAGGAAGCGGAAGAAAAAGGGAUUCUUGCCAGAGACAAAGAAGCGCAAGAAACACAGGUCGGAGGACGACAUGCCUGCAGCCACCGGCGGGAGCCAGCCCCCCGGCACAGGCAGGAAGAGGAAAAGGAUGAAGGCCAAGGUCCCGGCCCAGGCCAAUGGGACACCCACCACCAAGGGCCCAGCCCCUGGCACUCCCACCCUGAGCCCCAACACCCCUGCCAAGUUUCCAAAACUGCAGAAGAAGAAACAGAAGCUGUCCUGGGUGAAUGGAGCUCCCAGCUCCCCGACGAAGCCUGCAGGCCAAAAGCAGCACCACAAGGCUCUUCCCAAAAAGGGGGUCUUGGACAAAUCGCCACUGUCCACACUGGCACGGAAUAAGGCAAGGCCACCUUUGGUCAUCAGGAGUCUCAGCCUGCUCCAGAGUGGGACCAAGAAGAAAGCGCAGCUGAGGAAGGCGGGGAAGCCCUGAGUGCAGGCCACCCUCAGCCUCCGUCUGCCCAAGACUCCAGUUUUUCCACCAUGAUUUGAAUAUGCAAGCCACUUCUAAGGCUCUGUCCCCAGGGAGGGUGUCACUGCCUGCCCAGGCAUCCUGCUCUGGUAAGCACAGCCCAAGCCAUUCCUGCAGGGGUCCCAGGAUGCAGAGACCCCCCUGGUUCUAGGCUGGGACUGUGGCUUCAAGGCCCUGUGGGCCAGGUCCAGGUCUCUGGCGUUCACCUGGUUGGGUACAGGGUGACAUGCUGGGUACAGGUGUGACCAUCUCUUGCACACACCCCCCCCCCAGGCUUUUUUGCUGAGGGAGCCACAGGGGGUGAUUUAAAUUAGGUUUAUUUCUUCAUUUAUGAGAGGAAUAUAUUUGGCUUCUCUCUUAAGACUCUGAGAUUCACAAUCAGCAGCUCUAAAAAAUAAAGGAGCAGUUUGGCUUCCGGAAGGAAGAGGAGGCAA